CAAAAAUGAACUUGACUAAGGGCAGCAACAAAGCUGACCCUGUUGCCUCAUGACAGUGUGUUGACAUCCUAGCAAGUGAUUGGCUGUGACUGCACCCACUCCGCCUUCCCUCUGUCCCAUUUACAUUUAAAACUGAGCAAGAGCACACUCAUUCACUGACUCAAAAACAGUCAUAGAAAGCCCAAGAGUAAGGAUGGAAGAAAAAAUCAAGGAGCUGAUCAGACAGUCUCAGGAAGCAAAGGGUCAAGCCUACUGUCCUUACAGCAAGUUCAGAGUGGGGGCUGCUCUCCUGACAGACAACGGCUGUUACUUUAAAGGUUGCAAUGUGGAGAACGCUUGCACCAACCUGGGUUUGUGUGCUGAAAGGACUGCUAUCACAAAAGCAGUAUCAGAGGGCCACAAAACUUUCAAGGCCAUUGCAAUUGCCAGUGACAUGGAGGACAAGUUCAUUUCCCCAUGUGGUGCCUGCAGACAGGUCAUGAGAGAGUUUGGAUCAAAAUGGGAUGUGUACCUGACAAAGCCUGACGGCACGCACAAGAAGAUGACUGUGGACGAGCUGCUGCCAAUCUCCUUUGGUCCUGAUGACCUGUCCAUGAAGAAAAUAAAUAACUAACUAGCUUGUUCUCCAGUACAAAAAACACAUACAUGUUGUUUCUUUGAGCUGCCAUGACAUGUACUGUGUUUAAUGAACAUGCGGGGCAUGUAUCUUGCUUAGCAGUGGUUAUAUUCAUGGUAAAUAUUUGCUCUUGUUUUAUCCGCCAAUUGUAAACACACAUUUGUCAUUUUUAAAUUGACUCUACGUAUACUGCAGCCAGGUCAUUCACCCAGCCUUAAUUAGUCAUUAAGAUAUUGAAUGCUGUGUUGUUGUAGAUAAAAAUAUUUAUUAGUUUAAAGAAGCAUGAAGGAAAUUACAUAAAUAUCAAAGCAAGUCAAACUCAUCCACACAUUUAAAUAAACUAUUACAGAUGGAUAGGUACGUAAAUCAAGUACAAAGGACGUUGAAGAAAAAAAAAUUAUUUGAGUGACAAUGUACAGCAAAUAUUAUUUCUGAGCAGCAAAUUAUUCAAUUACAGAGCAAAAACAGGAGACUGAGGGUUGAAAACAUUUAAAUUGCCAGUGCAAAUUCAUUUAACAUUUAUUAGUGAUUUUAGGUCUACUUAUUCCAUGCAUUAACAUUUACAGUGGUUUGAGCACACAGACUCAAAAAGGGAAGGAAUAAUAUGGUAUGAUUUAUCGUUUCUCCCUGAUUCAGACAACUGGCAACAACUUAAAAAAAUAAGUGAAAUCGCCCCCAAACAAACAGCAACUGUAGUGACAAAAAGGCAGAUUUCAACAUUCUCAGUAUGACUUGCCAAAAAUGACAUUUAACAUCUUUAGAAUUCAAAUGUAACAUAUUUAAUGUUAAAUCCUUAACCAAAACAGCAGCAAGACAUGGCAAGCUGGUCUGAGCAGAAAAACAUCAGGACGAAUCCUAUAUGUGUGACAAUGUAAGUGAUGUUAUGUGAAUAAAUUGUUUAUUGCUGUUUA